GGAGGCGCCCAACGGCCCAUGGAACGCCUCGAGGGAGGGACCGGGAAGGCCGCCUCCCGCUGGCCGAGCCCCGGCCGGACUGGGCAGUGGCUCCCGGCUGCCAGCGGUCCCUCCGGGGAAGGAAAGAAAGAAGGCAGGAAGGCAGGAUUAUGAGAAGGUGAGCGAUUGCUACCCUGCAUGGAGCUGUGUCAUAGGACGGUUUUUAAACUACUGAUUGCCUCGGCACACGAUGGAGAAACCUCCCCACAAGGACCGAAAACCCCACACUUGCUGUAAGCAGAGCUGUAAACAGAGCCCCAAAUCCGUGGAGCAAAAACCAGGCAACAGUCAGCCAGCCCUGAAGAGAGUCAGCGACAAGACGGUGAUCACUGGAGGGGCCGGGUAUUUCGGCAUCACUCUCGGCCGGGCCCUUGCCAAGUCAGGAACGGAAGUCAUCCUCUACGACAUAAAGCCGUGCCAGUGGGAAAUUCCAAAAGGAGUACAAGUUGUACAGGCUGAUGUGCGAGUCUUCCGUGACUUCUAUGCUGCGUGUGAAGGGGCCGAUUGUGUCAUUCAUUCAGCCGCGUAUGGAAUGUCAGGAGCAGAACAAUUGCAUAGGAAAGAGAUUCAGUCCAUCAACAUUGGGGGAACGGAAGUCGUUCUUGAAGUUUGCAAGCAGCGAAGCGUUCCCAGAUUGGUGUACACCAGCUCAGUCAAUGUGGUAUUUGCAGGGCAAACCAUUGUAGAUGGAGACGAGGCAUCCGUGACUUAUUUUCCUCUAGACAAGCAUGUUAACGAAUAUUCCAGGACCAAGGCCAUUGCAGAACAAAUGGUACUCGCGGCUAAUGGAUCCCCACUCGCAGGAGGCGGCAAACUCUACACAUGUUCUCUGCGCUCGCCAGGCAUCUAUGGGCCAGAAGAAGAAAGGCAUUUGCCCCGACUGGCACUGAAUAUUGAGAGAGGAUUCUUUGCCUUCCGGGUUGGGGAUUCUCAGACUUUAAUGAACUGGGUCCAUGUCAAAAAUCUUGUCCAAGCUCAUAUCCUUGCCACUGCAGCACUCACUCCGGAGAGGAACUACAUAGCCAGCGGCCAGGUCUAUUUUAUCAACGACAACGAGAAAGUGAACCUUUUUGAGUGGUUGUCUCCAUUGUUUGAAAGAUUAGGCGUUAGGAAACCAUCCAUAAGUGUUCCCGUUUUUCUGGUUCAUCUGUCGGCUAUGUUCAUGGAGAGCGUGUACUACCUGCUAUACCCGUUCGUUGAAAUAACGCCUCCCAUCACCAGAAACGAGGUGCACAACAUCUCUUGCACGCACACCUUCAAGAUCGACAAAGCGCGUGCGGAGCUGGGCUACUCCCCCAAGAAGUACUCCUUCGCCGACUGCGUGGAUCACUAUUUGAGAAAAAGGCCCGCAAGGCGGAGGGAUUUCUUCCUCCUGAAAUGCUUCCUUUUGACUCUCCUCUUGAUGAGCCUGGUUAUCGCGCUGAUCAGAUUCCCAGACAUCCUCAAGGUCCUUCUGCAGCUCCGGGAUGCCUACGUGGGGAUUCUGCAAUAACCCCGACGUCCUUUUCGCUACCUCGAGACACCUUGGGACGUCGCUCUCCGAUCGGCCGAACAGUCUUUCGGCACCCUUUCUUCGCUCCGUGCACAUCGGCAAGUGGCGACAUUCCGGGAAGGAAGAGAGGAUAAGAGGCAAGACCUGCUGAAGAUUGCCAACAGCACAAAGUACACAAUCUUUGUGUCUAACUGGAGAGGAUGCUUCACGACAAAGGCGAAAAGGGCUCCGUGCAAACCUUACCACAGACACAUUGGACCGCCUGGUCACCGCCAUUUAGGACACAACACCAGUGCACUUUGCGGCAGGAAUAUCAAUGUAUGCAAGCUGGAAAUAAAAGCCUGCUUUAAAGCC